UCUGUCAGAUUACGCGCGAAAAGUUCGUUCUGUUUUCAAUUUUGGAGCAUUAAUUUUGAUACGUGACAGUGCGAAAUUGGGAAAUUAGAUUUGAUUGUUCUCUGAUUCGCAUUAAUUUUUCUUUUAGUUUUUCAAGGCAAAAGACAUUUGAGUUGAACAGCCAGAUAAAGUGAUUAAUUUUUAAUUGUAUGUGUUUUGUGUGAGUGUGUGCGGUAGCAGUGGACGCCUUAUUGUUGUAAUCGAAUUAGCCAUAAUUUAAUUAGUUCAGCCGUGGACACUGCGGUAGACCACGCUUGUACAAAAUCUAAUACCGAAGCUCACUGCGAUCUGUUAAGAACUAAGAAAGUAAUUAAUAUUCUGCGCGAUGGACCCCAGUAUUCUCGCAGCCAUGGACAAAGAGGCACUCAAAAAGCAGAUCGAAAACAUGAAGUACCAAGCGUCUAUGGAACGCUGGCCGCUAUCUAAAAGCAUUGCAGCGAUGCGGGAGUAUGUGGAGGAAAAUGAAAAGAAUGAUCCCCUCAUACACGCGCCAGACAAGAAAAACAACCCAUGGGCUGAAAAAGGAAAAUGCAUCAUCAUGUAAUCUAUUAAAUAAGUAAAAAACAAAAAAAUAUCACCAAAUUCUAAAAUACACGAUUCAGGUACGACGGGUGAUGAUGAUGAUGGUGGUCUGGUUGAUAUUAAAGAAACGAUUGGUAAUGCUCAAGAUUAUGUUGAUGAAGAUGAUGAAACACCUGUUUUUGAUGAGCUAAUUGAUGAUACUGCCAGACAAUAUUUACAACUGAGAGUUGUACAAAUCAUCGAGCGUAGUGAAGCCAAAACUCCACACGUUACUCUAUUUAUGUUCAUGUAGCCUUUUGUUCCAAAAUAAACAAAUCUAGUCCUUAUAAUUAUAACAUGUAAAGAAUGUACAUUUUGACUGUGCGUGACGCAAGGAUGUACUUAUGAAUGUUUUAUUAAAAGGUUAAAAAUGGUUGUAAAUACGUUAAAUUUUGUAUUUCUAGUAAUAGAAUGUUUGGUCACGAAUCUAACGGUAGAGGUUACUGGAAGGAUAAUAGCGAACGCGUUAAAAGUGUAAUGCAAAAAUGUAAAAAAAAUAAUAAUAAUUUAUUUCGAUGAUAUAAAGCCGGCAGAUAAAAAAAAUUAUUUAAUUUUGUUAUUUGGAAAAUAACACCUUGAAAAUUACCUAUGUUUUGGUUUUUGUUUUUUUUUAUAUUUGAAUUUGAUUGAACCCAUGCAGUUCCAUACAAAGUAACGCAACUUCCCUAUACAUCUCUUUGUAUGGAGUUGAAGUGGAUUCGUGUAUGGGUCAACUAAACUGUGCUGCAUUCAAAGCCAGUUUGGUUGGUCCAUGGAGAAACUUUAAUGAAUUUUGUUUAAUUUCUUAUAAAGAAAAAAAAUUAAAAACAAUUAAAGAGAUCAUCUUCGCCAUCUGAAUCUAGUAGCUAAAUCGGUAACGAUAAAUGGGAGGAUUCUUUGAGCUCAAGAGUUUUCACAUUUAGAUAAUAAUAAUAAUAAAAUUAUUAAACUAUAGGGUUAAUCGCGAAUCACAACUUAACAACUAUUUGCUGAAUCACAUGAUUAAGGUAUGUUUGAGAGUAAAUUGGCAAUAAGUGAAUGAAUAUAAAGACAAUGAUGUUAAACGUAGUGCAGUGAAAGUAAAUUUAAGGUAACAUGAAGGAUUAAACAUAAUCUUGUUCAAAACAAACUCUAAUUGUUAAGCUGAAUUAGGAUACUUUUUUUAUGAACACAGGUACAUUCCGCAGUGCCAUUAUCUAGUAAUGCUUAUAUAAUAUAUCUCUUAGCGACCUUCUAUAUUCCAGUUUCAAUAUCAUAUUAAUAUCACCAGCGUUAAUCACGAUCCCUUGCAUUUAUUUUCAUCGAAACUGCUUUUUUAUCACACUCAAGCUUUCAUUUAAAUACUUCUUCUCCUGGCAUUAAAAUUAUAAGUAAUUAAAUUCUAUUAUCAACUACAAUUUUUAAAUUUAGCACUUGAUUAGCAUAGUAUAAUUCAAAAUUAAAUUGAAAUGAAAAAUACCUAAGUCGUUCAAGGUUUACUUAUUAAAGCAAACUAUCGUAGUUUCCUAAUAAACUUCUUCUAAAUUGUAUCUAAGAUUUUCAGGUUACAAAUACUGAAACUUUUUUUUGAUCGUGCGAAAUUUUAAAAUUUCUGCCCGAUGUAAUGAAAAGUUUUGGUAUUUUCGACCGUGUAGAGCUAUAACUAACAUUCCAUUUAAAAGGAUUGCCUCUAAUCCAAAUUCUUGAUUAAAAUAGAAAGUUUAAACUUACGCACUGUAGAUAAUUAUAGAUUAAAAUUAAAUCUAACUUUAAUUAAAUUUCUAAACUUAAAUACCUUCCCUUACCAUAUCUAGACACGAAGUAUGGAAAAUCAUUCGGGCUGUGAAUACUUCAAUUGUUUAAGACGCUUCACCAUCGUCAGUAGUCAGGCCGUCACCUAUAGAUAUGCUUACACGGACAAUAACUCACAUUCAUACAACCAGUACUGUUUCAAUAGUAGCUUCCAUCAAAAUUAUUUUGUCACAUUCCAGAUUUGUCAAUUCAUUAUACGUACUUCUUUAGGUUACAUCUUCAAUAGCAUUCUUCUAUCGCCUGCUAGCAAUUUCUAUCAUAGCUUCGUUAUUUACAUCCCUAUCUCUAAUAUAAUUUCCAUAUUAUAUCUAUCCUUUAUUAGCAUAAAAAUAGUCAUAAUUAGGAAAUUAGCGAUUAAUUAGUAGAGCUACUUAAGAAACAUGAAUCAAAGUUGUUUGUUAAUCUAUAUGAUAAAAUUGCAAUUCAGAGCAUUAACCUUAGAAUAUAAAUAAAACGAUAAUUGUUAAUUUAAAAUAUUUAGUUGAUAAAUUAAGGGAUCUCAUAAAAAGAUGGCGAAGCUUUUCUCUUGGGGGUAAUAUUUUCGGUUUUUUUAAUCUUAGGGUAAUUUUCAAGGUGAUAUUUGUCGGUUGAUUUAUUAAGUUUCGUUCAUAUUUUAUUAUAAUUUAUUCCACUGUUAUGCUAAGUUUUAACCAAAGAUUUCUUUGUAACGUGGGUAUUGUCACCGCAUAUAAAAUAAAAUUUAAUAAAAUAGAAAUUGAAUGGCGCUUUUUUAACGUAAUAUCUAGUUCUAGAAUUAGGGCGUGAGAUGAAUUCUUCAGGGGUCGGCAAUGUGUGAUGACUACCUUAGAAUAGCGGGCGUCUUAAGGCCACGGUAACCACUUACCAUAUCGUGGGUCGUUUGCCUGUCAAUAGAAAAAAGAAAACAUUGCUUAGCGUCAUUCAAUUCCUAUGUUUUUUAAACUAAGAAUAACUUAAACGGUAAUUUUUAAUGGAUUAAUCCGAAAUUUAAUAACUAGGUAAGGGUGAUAUUGGAAAUGAUUUUUUUAGAAUCAGUAGGCUAAGAUACCGUAUGUUAUUAU